AUUGGUUGUACAGCUGUUUUACCAACCAUAUUCUAUACGAAUUCCAUAUAUCUUCAGUACUGUACUUAUCGUCUGGUGCUGCUUUCCGUACCUCUUCUCUACUGCUACUACUCAACCAUGAACGUGCUGGCAAAGAUAACGAUGCAGAAGAAAGACCUAGACAAGGAAGAAGACCCAUCACAACAACGCUCUGUUUCAUGGGUCGAAACCCUUGACACUGUUUCACGCCAGUAUAAGUUCGAACCAAAUGGUAGUUUAUCUGUUAAGCUGGUAGACGACUCUAGACCUGUUGCUCAUAAAGUCGUUGAAUCGUUUCUGAAUAAGUUUUUCCCAUCAGGAUAUCCUUACAGUGUAAAUGAGGGGUACCUUAGAUACACUCAGUUCAGAGCUUUGCAACAUUUUACUAGUGCUGCACUCUCAGUAUUGUCAACUCAGUCACUGCUAUUUGCUGCAGGCUUGCGACCUACCCCUGCACAGGCAACUGCUGUCAGUUGGAUUCUAAAGGAUGGAAUGCAGCAUGUGGGGAAAUUAAUCUGUAGUAACUUGGGUGCCAGAAUGGAUUCAGAGCCAAAGCGUUGGAGGAUACUGGCUGAUGUUCUCUAUGACCUUGGCACUGGACUGGAAGUUCUAUCUCCGUUGUGUCCCCAUCUUUUUCUUGAAAUGGCUGGACUUGGAAAUUUUGCCAAGGGAAUGGCAACUGUUGCAGCCAGAGCAACAAGGUUGCCAAUAUAUUCUUCUUUUGCAAAAGAAGGCAAUUUAAGUGACCUAUUCGCAAAAGGGGAGGCCAUCUCUACUCUUUUCAAUGUCGUAGGACUAGGUGCAGGCAUUCAACUAGCUUCUACAGUGUGUUCAACAAUGCAAGGAAAGAUGGUAGUUGGUCCAGUGCUUUCCAUCCUACACAUAUAUAGUGUUCUUGAAGAAAUGCGAGCAGCUCCAAUUAAUACAUUGAAUCCACAACGGACAGCCAUGAUUGUAGCUGACUUUGUUAAGAGAGGAAAGAUAUCAAGUCCUGCAGACCUAAGAUACCAAGAAGAUCUUCUCUUUCCGGGGCGACUGAUAGAAGAUGCAGGAAGUGUGAAGGUUGGUAGAGCUAUUCGUAAAGCCAUCAAGCCUUCAAAACUUCAUGAACUGAAGGAAAUGUUCCCUGAUGAGAAGUUUAUAUUAAGUUGUAGUACUGGUAAAUCUACCGAUAUGGUAUUGGCGCAAAAUGCAACAGGCGAAGAUGCACUUAAGGGGUGGAUAGUGGCCGCAUUAGCUGCAAAUAUCGAACCAUCUGUAAAUUCAUCGAAAGAUACCAACUUCAAAGAAGCUUACGAGCAAAUGAAUAACUUAUUUCCCAAGUUUGUUUCCGAGUUAAAAACUAAAGGGUGGCACACUGAUCGUUUUCUGGAUGGAACAGGAAGCCGAUUUGCAUGGUAAUUCCAAGGGAUUGGGUUUGGGAUUAGGCAUCAUUUUAAAGUUCUUUUAUGUAAAUGAUUGGUGGUACUUAGGCAUAGAAUAUUUGAUUCCAACUGUAUUAGAUUUGUUUUUCUCUCAAUUCCCAAGAGAAAGAAUGUUUUCUUCUUGUUAUUAUUAUUUUCUUUUUUUGGAAAUGAAGAACGUAAAUUAACCAAAGUGGGUUGUUCCCAUAGUUAAAA